UGGAGGGGGCGGGGCCGGGGCCAGGUCAAGGCGGUGGCACCGGCGCCAUGUUAAGGCCCCGCCUUCCCCUUGAGGCCCCUUCUUCUGUCCCUGCUGCCACCCGAGGAUCAUCUUCCCUUUGGCGCAGACAAAAAACCAAGUAGCAAUUAAACAGGGAAAGAAUGGCAUUGAAACAGAUUUCCAGCAACAAAUGCUUUGGGGGCUUGCAGAAAGUGUUUGAACAUGACAGUGUUGAACUGAACUGCAAAAUGAAAUUUGCUAUCUAUUUACCCCCGAAGGCAGAAACUGGCAAAUGCCCUACACUCUAUUGGUUGUCUGGCUUAACUUGCACAGAACAAAAUUUUGUAGCAAAAUCUGGUUACCAUCAAGCAGCUUCAGAACAUGGCCUUGUCGUCAUUGCUCCAGAUACCAGCCCUCGUGGCUGCAACAUUAAAGGGGAAGAUGAUAGCUGGGACUUUGGCACCGGCGCUGGGUUUUAUGUGGAUGCCACUGAAGAUCCUUGGAAGACUAACUACAGAAUGUGCUCUUAUGUAACUCAAGAGCUUCCCCAACUCAUAAAUGGCAAUUUUCCAGUGGACCCUCAAAGAAUGUCUGUUUUUGGCCAUUCCAUGGGAAGUCAUGGAGCGUUGAUUUGCGCUUUGAAGAAUCCUGGAAAAUACAAAUCAGUUUCAGCAUUUGCUCCAAUUUGCAACCCAGUGCUUUGUCCUUGGGGCAAAAAAGCCUUUAGUGGAUAUUUGGGAUUGGAUCAAGGUAAAUGGAAGGCUUAUGAUGCCACCCAUCUUGUGCAGUCCUAUCCAGACUCUCAGCUGGACAUACUGAUUGAUCAAGGGAAAGACAACCAGUUCCUUUCAGAUGGACAGUUACUUCCUGAUAACUUCAUAGCUGCCUGUACAGAAAAGAAAAUCCCCGUUGUUUUUAGAUUGCAAGAAGGUUAUGGUCAUAGCUACUACUUCAUUGCAACCUUUAUUACUGAUCACAUCAGACAUCAUGCAAAAUGCCUGAAUGCAUGAAAAACUUCAAAUACUGCAAUCUCUUCGGAAUUGUAGAAGUUUUAACACAGAAAAAAAGAUCUCAAAACACUGGACUUCAUGAUGCUGAGAGGGCUUCAUUCUGUAAUUGAAUCACCUGAAUAAAUACAGUCAGUCCCCGGGUUACCAGGUUAAAACGUCUGACUUAUAC